AUGGGAAAUAUUUUAAUAAAAUAGCUUUUAGGAAUAUUUUUUUCUUUAAUUGAAGUAUAUUCUGAAAAACCAUAAUUUAUUAAGACUGAUAAUGUAAAAUUCGAAUAAAAUAUUUUUCAUUAAUUGAAUAAAGAUCCCUCUAAGACUUCGGCCAGUCUAGUUUAUGUUAAUUCUGCUUAAAGUUUCAUGAUGAUGAAUAAUACGAUUUGUGUUAAUAAUUCUUUGACAAAUUCUUCAUAGUCGUUUUUUUCUCUAUUUUCAUUUGAAAUCUUAAUAGAAAAUUUUAAAGUUUAGAAUCAUAAUUACAUUGAUAAGGAAUUUUGGAUAUAAUAUUAUGAAAUUAAUUUAGAAGAGGAGUAUAGUUAAAAUGAAAUUACUUCUGUUAUUUCGAAUUCUUUCAAAAUUGAAACUAUUGGAGGAGCUUUAUCAACAACAGUUACUAAACUUACUAUUCUUAAUGGAGAAUUUAAUUAUAUUACAACUUUAAGCAGCCAACUUUUUUAUAUUAACACAUAAGGUGAUGGAAUAAUAAUUAUAAAAAAUUGUAAUAUUUCUCAUGUUUAAAAUUCACUAAUUUCUAAAGUUCAAAAUGAUGGUGCAUUUACAAUUAAUGGCAAAAAUAGUUUAUUAUCAAUUAAUCUUGAAAAUAUUACUUUAAUAAAUGUUUAAAAUAAGUUAUCAUCAUCCAUUUUUUCAAUAUAUCCUUCAUCUACAUAAAAUAAUAUUGAAUUAAAAAAUAUAAUUUCUGAAAAUUGUUACUCACUUGUUCAUUAAAUAAUAAAUUUUGAAGCUGAUUUUCAGAAUGCACAAAAAAAUAAAGUAAAAAUUUUAAAUUUUAGAAUAAUUUAAAAUGAAUAAGCUUUUUUGACUUUUCUAUAAUCUCUUGGAAAAAUCAAUUUAAUUGAAAUGUAAAAAGUUAUUAGUGAUAAUGCAAUCAUGAAAUUUUCAGGAUGUGAAUUAAUUAUAAGUAAUAUACUAAUAGAAGGUAUAGUUUUAUCUUCUAUAAUAAAAGUAUCAGAUUCAAAAUUAAUUACGUUAAUGAAUUGUAGAUUUAAUAAUAUAUUAACAUUUUAUCCUUUACAUAUACUGGAUAUAUAACAAAACAAUAUUUAGUAAUCAAGCAUAAAUUUAAAUAGCAUCAUUAUAGAAAAUUUAAAUGAUUUUACAUUUAAUAAAUAGGAUUAAAAAUAUUUGGAAUAUUAUCAUAUUGAAUUAAAAUUUUCAUAAUGUAAUUUUUAAAAUAAUGAUGUAAGUUAAAAGUUUUCCAAAUAAGAGUUUGUUUAAACUUUUUUUGAUGAUAUUUAUACUAAUUCUAAUCAAAACGGAUCUUUGAUCAAAUUAAAGACUGAAACAAAUCAAACUAGAGUAUAUUUUUCAAAGAUUCUAUUAUUAAAUAAUAAUUGUAAAAGUUGUUGGAAUAGUUUACUUUUUUUUGAAUUGACAGAUUUUCAAUAAUUGAGAAUUUCAGAAUUAUCAUGCAUUAAUAAUUUUAUUAAAGAUUAUGGUUGUAUGUGGGCUAAAGCUGGAAUAAAAAUUCACAGAAGAAUAUUGAUUGACCAUUCAACUUCUAUUUCUAACAGUGGAAGAUUAGGAUCAGGAAUUGUUGUGUAAAAUUUAAGAGUGAUGAUAUAAAAUUCCAAAAUAAUCAAUAAUACUGCUUCUUACAGAGGAGGGGGAUUCUAUUUUGAAGAAGGUACUGAUAGAUUUACUAUUAAAUCUACAAUAAUCAUUAAUAAUUCCGCAGAUGAAGCAGGUGGUAUCUUUUUAUAUGGAAAUAGUAGUUUAAGUUAAAAUAAUUUUAUAUAAUCUCUACUGUUAUUUAAUUUUGCAAAAUUAUCUUCAAAUAAUAUUAAUGAAUUACCUACACAUUUAUCUUUAACAAUAAAUUAAAUAGAAAUGUAGUAGCAAGAAAAAAUAAUUUAAAAUCGUUCUUAUUAAGUCUUAAAAUUAAAUCCAUUUAAUAUUAUAUCUUAGGAUCAAUAAAUUAAGACAAAUUUUUUAUUUAUUCCAAGUGGUUAAUAAAUUUUGAAUUUUUAACUUUACAAUCCUAAACUUUUGAAAUUUUAAUCUUAUAUAACUGAAUUCUCAAUAAAAUUUAAAAAUAGUAUGAACGAACAACAAAUAAACUUUAUAAAUUCAGUUUGUGAUGUAAAAUCAGAAAUUUUUGAUAUUUAAUCUGAAAAUUUAACUGAAUCCAUUACAGUAUCAACAAUAAGUUUUAAUCAAUAAAAUAAAAACUUUAAUCUUGGUUCAUUAUAAUUUAAUAUAGAUCCAUACAAAUAGAAAGAUAAAAUAUAGGAAAUUCUAAUAUAUUGUAAAACGGAAUAUCAAGAGGAAAGUUUAGCUUAUAGAAUGAGAGUUAAGAGCUUUUUGUGCUAAUUAGGUGAAUUUUAUGUUUUCUCUGGGUGCCAAAAAUGUUAAUCAGAAUAAGGAUUUUAUUCAGUGACUUACAAUACUACAAAAUGUUCUCUAUUUGAUAAAAAUAAAUUUGAAGCCAUAACAUCUAAUAAUAUUUAAUUAAAGCCUGGAUUUUGGAGAUCAAGUUAUAUUAAUGAUAAUGUAGAACUAUGCUAUAAAAAUCCAAGUCAUUGUUUAGGAGGAUGGGUAGUUGGUGAUGACCUUUGUUUUACAGGUCAUAUAGGAGGAUUGUGCGAGGAAUGUGAUAGAUAUAAUUUAAGAGGAGAUGGGUAAUUCUUUAAAAACUAGUAAUAAUUAGAUUGUUAAUAAUGCGAUUAGCUUUCAAAAAGAUUGAUAGCAUUCUUCUUAACAUCAAUUUGGUAUAUAUUAUUAAUAUUUUGUUAGGGCUAUUUUUUCUACUCUAUUAACUAUAAGAAGUAUUGAAAAGACAAAUUAAUUAUAUGUUUAAUUAAAACUUAAUUAAAAUUAAAAAUUUGCUGAAAUUUUAUUCAAACUCCAACAAGGUAUGAUAAAAUAUUUAUAUAUUAGAUCAUGAAAGUAUUUUACUUAAAUUAUUUCUUAAUUAUUUUUGGAUUUUUUCACUAAUCUUUACAUUCAAUAUUAGUUUUUCAAUAUCUUUAAACAUAGUAAAACCAUCAAAUGAUACUUCUUACUUUAUGGCUAAUUUUUUUGAGUGUUUAUUAGCUGAAAUUUAAGGAAUAGAAUUAAUUUAUAGUAGAAUCUUAGUUAUGUUUGGACUUAUGGUCUCUUAGAUAUUGAUUAUUGUUUUUGGAUUUUAACUAUUAGAUGUUCUAAAAUUCUAUAAAUUUUAGAUUAGAAUCAUUUCAAUUACUGUUUUAUAUUUGUAUGUCUAAAAUUAUGCAUCUUUAAUCAAUUAGUAAAGUUUAUUAUGAAUUUUAGAUUUUUUUCAAUUUUGGCAAUUAGAAGAAUAUCUGAUUUAAACUACAUAUAAGGUGAUGUCUCUUUGAUUUAUGGAUCUCAGAGUCAUAUCUCUUGGAUUUAUGGAUUUGUGAUACCUGGAUCCGUAUUAAUUGGAUUAAUUCUACCCUUAUCAUUAUUUUUACUUUUGUACAUAAAUAAAGAUUAACUUAAGAAAAUAAAUUUUAGAAGAAAUUUAGGAUAUUUAUUUAAUGAAUAUACUCAAAAGAAUUAUUUUUGGGAGAUUAUCAAAUUAUGGAAGAAAACAAUCAUUAUAAUUAUUCUAAUUUAUUUUGAAACUGAUAUAUUUUUGAAAGCAUCUUUGUUAGGUCUUUGCGUAUUGAUGUAUUCAGUAAUUGCUUAAAACUAUAAACCUUAUAUACUUCAUAAACUUAAUAUAUUAGAUAUUAAAAGUGCUCAGUUUUGUUAGAUUGCAAUAUUUUUAGCAAGUGUAAAAUACAUUUGUGAAUAAUAAGAGAAAUAAAAUAUUUCAUUUAUCAUUCAAACUGUUAUCAUUUUAGAUAGCAUAGUUUUGGGUUAUCCAUUUAUAAUUGAUAUACUAAAAGUUUAUUAUUAAAAAUACAAGUUUCAGAUAAUGUAAUUAUUAUUAAAAGGAUUUUAAACUUUGAGACCUAAUUUUGUUGCUACCAAAUAUCUUAAAAAAAAAAUAAGUUUGUUGAGCUAGAGAGAAGAAAAAAGUAAAAGAAAUAUCAAAAAAUUGAAAUAAAUUCUAUUCUCAUAAAAUUCAAAAAGUUAUUAGUAAAAUAUCUGA